ACACACACACACGCGCCGUUUCAUAUUGGCUCGUGCGCUCAUGGAAAGCUGAUGUGUGGCGCGCUCUGAGAGUCUCUCACAUUUCAGGAAGUGUCGGAAGUCCUCAGCUGCUGUCCGUCUGUCCUGCUCUAUAUUAUGGUCGCGCAGCCGUGAUCCGCGUGGAUCGUUGGUGUGGAUCUCCGGUGGGGCACCAUGUCCACCCGGUACAGCCCGAGGCGUGCGCUCCUGCUCCUGCCCGCGGUCUGCGCGCAUGUUGUGUCCGUGCUGACUGUCUGCUGCGCCGGGAGCAUGUUUACAGCCGCUGCCUAUCCGAAUCAACACGACACGCUGGAGCGUUAUGACAUAAUCAAACCACACCUGCUCAUUGGAGGACAGCAGAGACCGGUUAGUCUCAUAAAGUCAAUGGGUCAUCCUGGAUCACUGAAGGUGCUGAUUGAAGUGGAUGGAGAGCAACUGCUACUUGCUUUGCAGAAAAAUGAAGGGCUGUUUGCUAGUCACUACACAGAAACACACUACCUGGAGGAUGGAAGUGCCGUCACCACCUCACCGAAUGUCACGAUUCACUGCUACUAUCAUGGCGAGGUGGAGGGUCACCCGGGGUCAGAGGUCAGCCUCAGCACCUGCACAGGACUCAGGGGACUGAUUUCACUUGAACAUGAAGUGUAUGUACUGGAGCCGAUGGAAGAGGGAAACACACACCGUCUUUACAGAGGAGAACAUCUUAAACUCACCCAGGGAACCUGCGGACACGGUCACAACAUUUCAUACCCUACAGAGAUGAUGAACACUACAGGAGCCGUCUUCAGCUCUCACAGCAGCCAGAAGCAUAAAAGAGACGCUCAGAGCAGCACCAAGCAUGUGGAGUUGAUCAUCGUCGCAGACAACCGCGAGUAUCAGAAACAGGGGAAAGACGUGGAGAAAGUGAAACAGAGACUUGCUGAAAUAGCAAACUACGUGGACAAGUUUUACAGAUCGCUGAAUAUCCGUGUGGCUCUGGUGGGGCUGGAGGUGUGGAGUGACGGAGACAAAUGCUCCAUCACACAGGAUCCGUUCACAUCGCUCCACGAGUUCCUGGACUGGAGAAAAGUCAAGCUGCUCCCGCAGAGACCCCACGAUAACGCUCAGCUCAUCAGUGGCGUUUACUUCCAGGGCACCACCAUCGGCAUGGCUCCCAUUAUGAGCAUGUGCACUGCGGAACAGUCAGGGGGCAUCGUCAUGGAUCACUCUGAUAACCCUCUCGGCGCUGCGGUUACUUUGGCCCAUGAGCUCGGACACAACUUCGGCAUGAACCACGACACGCCGGAGCGCGGCUGCGGCUGCAGAGCCACUGUGGACCGCGGCGGGUGUAUCAUGACCCCCUCCACUGGGUAUCCUUUCCCUACGGUCUUCAGUACGUGCAGUAAGAAGGAUCUUGCGGCGAGUAUGGAGAAAGGUGUGGGCAUGUGUUUGUUCAACAUGCCGGAGGUGAAGGUGCUCUACGGAGGCCAGAAAUGUGGAAACGGAUACGUCGAGGAGGGAGAGCAGUGCGAUUGCGGAGAUGUGGAGGAGUGUCUGAAUCCCUGCUGUAAUGCCAGUACAUGCACACUGAAGGACGAAGCCGUAUGUGCGCAUGGACAGUGUUGUGAAGACUGUCAGUUGAAGCCUGCAGGGACCCGGUGCCGUGAGUCCAGUAACUCCUGUGAUCUGCCGGAGUUUUGCACAGGUGCCGAUCCUCAAUGUCCCGCUAAUGUCUACCUGCACGACGGACACACCUGUCAGGGUGUGGAUGGACACUGUUACAACGGCAUCUGCCAGACACACGAGCAGCAGUGCAUCACACUGUGGGGACAGGGUGCAAAACCAGCUCCAGGAAUCUGUUUCGAAAGAGUCAACUCGGCGGGAGAUCCGUAUGGAAACUGUGGAAAAGAUUCAAAGGGAUCAUUUGCCAAAUGUGAAGCACGAGAUGCUAAAUGUGGGAAGAUCCAGUGUCAGGGCGGAGCCAAUCGGCCAGUGAUUGGCACCAAUGCCGUCUCCAUAGAAACCAAUAUCCCGCUCCAGGAAGGAGGCCGUAUCCUCUGCCGCGGGACUCAUGUGUACCUGGGAGACGACAUGCCGGAUCCGGGCCUCGUGCUCACCGGCACCAAGUGUGGAGAAAACAUGAUGUGUAUAAACAGACAGUGUCAGAACAUCAGUGUGCUCGGGGUUCACGACUGUUCGACCAAGUGCAGCAGACACGGGACAGCAGCAGUGUGACGGUGGGCAUCCUGGUGGCGUUUCUGUGUCUGCUGUGUGUUGGAAUAAUCGCGUGCAUUAAGAGAAAAACUCUGCUCA